GGCGGGUUAGAACCCUCAAAAAGGAAGGAACCCCCCCCCCCCCCCCGGGUGGGGGGGGGGUUCAUAUUAUGGCCCGCCACAGCGAAGCCAAAGACUCCGCCAUUUCCUUCUGCUCAAGGCCAGCAAAAGGGAAUCAGAAAACGAAUAGCAGAAAGGCAAAAAAAAUCUUGAUAUGUGGUGUCUUUUGCGCCUCCAUCUCCCGUUGGUCCACAACCCUCGCUUCACCGCCAUCUUGCCUGCAUAAUCCAUGUCGGCCGCCAUAUCCUCCCCGCCGGAUCCAUCAUCAAUGCAAGUUACCUAUUAGCCGCUCUGAUCUCACUCCGCAAUGUGACCUCUCAAAGAAUUCAACGCCAUCUACGUCCUCUUUGCAUCAUACAGGCUAUUUGCCUGGUCCCGGGACUCCGGUAGUGCGCUCCUGCUCCUUGCUAGCUUUGAUAUAAUAUCCCAUCCAUGUUGCAUGCCGCAUGGGCCCAGGAAUCCAUCCUUGGACGAGCAGAGCGUCUCACCGAUCUCGGGGUUCGAGUCUUCCGA